GUUGGCAUGUGCUUUUUCUUUUUGCUCUUGAUGGCAUUCUCCAUUUGGUCUGUAUUGUUAUGUUGGCGCCACCAUGAUGUUAUAACCUCCACACAAUGAGAAAUCUUAUGGUGGUGCAACAGUUCAAAGUUGUACGUCAUAAUCAGAUUUUUCUUUUCUUUUUUUUUUUUUUUUAUAUAUGCAGCCAAGCACAAGGAAGCGUCCUAAUGCUGAAAACACUUUACGCAGACUCUCACGCGUCAGGAUGUCGGUGUCUCCGCGCACACAGCUGUUAAUCUUCCUCAUCUCCCUCUCGUCCAGGAUGGGGCUCAGUCGCUACAUCGAGGACAACGACGCUUCGGAUGGAUUAUACUCUCUGCUCAGCUUGGACCAGAAAAGAGAAUCCGAGGAUUUUAUUUUCCGCCGACCUCUCAGAUGCUUGGACAUGCUGGCCACUGAAGGCUACUUCACCUUCACGGCGUCUCAGCCGCAGCUGGCCUGUGCCGCCUUCAUCAUCGCCGAGCCCAGUGAGGUCAUCAGUCUGGAGCUGUCUGACGUCAGCAUAGACUGCGGCGCCGGAGACUUCAUCAAGAUGUUUGACGGCUGGGUUCUCAAGGGAGAGAAGUUCCCGAGCAGGCAGGACCACCCGCUCCCUCUCCACCAGCGCUACACAGACUACUGCUCCUCCACAGCACCGGCAGCCGCCAGCCGCUCGUCUCAGAACGUCGCCAUGGUCUUCUUCCGCAUUCACAGCCCCGAAAGCGGCUUCACCCUCGCUGUCAAAAAGCUACACAACCCCUUCCCCUGUAACAUAAUGUCUCAGAGUCCAGAGGGCAGCUUCACCAUGGUGAUGCCACACCAGCUCAGAAACUGCAGCUUCUCCAUCAUCUACCCCGUGGAGAUCCGACUGACAGAGCUCAGCUUGGGGCAGGCCAAGAGCAAUGAGCUCAGCCCACAGAGGCAGGUGUGGUCGGGAUGUUCGGGGUCCGGUGACUACGUGGAGCUGCUCGGUGGUAACGGGGUGGACACCUCGAAGAUGUUCCCUGUCGCUGACCUGUGUUUCUCCCUCAGUGGGCUCGCCCAGAUGAAGAUUGGUUGUGAUAACUCGGUGGUGAGGCUGGUGUCCAGUGGGAACUAUAUCAACCGUGUUUCCUUCCAGUACCGACUACUGGAACAACACGAGCUCCCCAAGACCCGAGAGAACAGUCUGGAUAACUACUGCAGUGUGGAAUGAGAUCCAACACACACACACACACAAAAUCACACAAUCAUCCGUCUCUCUGUAAAUACACCGGUUUGAUGAAUGCCAGCAAUUAAUAUUUUGUAUUGUUUUUGCCAGAUGUUUCAUUUAGUGUCCUGAUCAUGUUAGCUUUCAUCUUAGUUUAUUUAUUUGAGGAAUUCUUUGGAAUUCCUCCCAGAUUUAUGGAUUCUUAUAUUAGUUAUUUGUCAAGAAAAUCUGUGGUAAAUUAUAACCUUUUUCUUAGCAAGAGCAUUCACUUCAAAACUCUCCGGUACUUUAUAUCGGUUUCAGUAUUCAUCGGGAGGUUUAACAUUGCUGCUGUCUCUUCUGUUUAUAUUGCCUUGACAAUUUGAAAAUAAAUAUGACUUGCAUGAUGAAGCACA